GUAUGUGACAAUGAUUAAUCAUUAUCUAAAACUUGUACUACAAACUCACAAUCUACCAGUAAACCAUGUAACCACAUAUUCCAUCUUGGUUUCUAUCAACAACCCUUCAACCACCUUACUUACCUCAAUUACGACACUCCAAAAUCACCACCAAGUGCUAUUUUUAGCCGGCUAUGGCGGAAACCGACGAGGACCAGAAAGGCGCCGCGACGCCUCUGAUCGGCGAGACGCGGCGCGUCCUCAUCAGUGCCUCGAUGGACUUUAAGUCUCGCGUGCGCGACUGGCUCCAACGGCUCCGGUUGAAGACUUUCUGCCAGCACGUGGGUCUGUUGGUUGCUCUGGCCGGGUACACUAUAUUGGGAGGGUUGGUAUUUCGCCGAUUUGAAUAUCCAGCGGAACUCUCCAAAAUUCAAAAGUACAACACAACUCUUAGUAUUAGAAGACAAUAUCUUAUCGAUACGAUAGUUAAUAACACUGAUCUUGCCAACUUAGACUACCUCAUUUCACUGGAAUUGGAUAAAUAUGAAACUAUUUUACAGGCAUCUUUUAAAGAUGGUGUUCCAUUAAGACCAAAAACUGACAUGGCAAAAUGGACCACCCUAACAUCAGUAUUUUUCUGUUCUACAGUUUUAACCACAAUAG